AAAUCUCACUUAACCUUCUCUUCUUUAUCUUAUCUCCUUCCUUAUUAGUCUUCUGGAGAAUCAGAGAUGCGGGAGCGGUUUGAGACGCCAUGAUUUUCCAGGGCUUUGGUCUCCAUUUAUGGUGGAGAGUUCUUGUGGCGUUGCUUCUCUUUGCUGUUCAGUCGCUUGGGCUCAACACUGAUGGAGUUCUGCUCAUGAGUUUCAAGUACAGUAUUGUUAGUGAUCCGUUUGGUGUUUUGGGAGGCUGGAAUGCCGGAGAUGAGGUUCCCUGUUCUUGGAAAGGCGUUGAUUGUGAGGUGGUGGCGGCUAAUGUUUCCGGCGACGGCCGUCGUGUCACCGGCUUGGCUCUUCCUGGUUUUCAGCUUGUUGGGUCUAUUCCUUCUAGUCUUGGUAUGAUUCAGCAUCUCAGAAAUCUUGAUCUUUCGAAUAAUUCGAUCAAUGGGUCUAUUCCUUUGACGCUGUUUAAUGCUUCUGGGCUUGAAAGACUUGAUUUUUCUGACAAUCGGAUGUCCGGUGAGUUGCCGGAGGUUGUUGGGUGUCUCAAGAGUCUCCGGUCUCUUAAUCUCUCCGGGAACGCCUUCACCGGGGUAGUGCCGGAAAAUUUGACGAGUUUGAGGAAUCUGACGGGCAUUUCUCUGAAAGAUAAUUACUUUUCCGGGAGACUUCCGGGAGGAUUUGACUCCGUCGAGGUUUUAGAUCUGUCUUCUAAUUUGAUAAACGGAUCUCUGCCUCCCAAUUUCGGAGGGAGCCGUCUUGGCUAUUUCAACGUUUCAUUCAACAGACUUUCCGGCGAAAUCCCGCCGGAAUUUUCCAGGAAAAUUCCCCCAAAUGCAACGUUAGAUCUCUCCUUCAACAACUUAACCGGCGAAAUUCCGGACCACGCUCUGUUCUUAAACCAGGACGGCGGAGCAUUUUCUGGAAACCGGAAUUUAUGCGGCAUGCCGGUGAAAAUUCUGUGUCCGAUUCCUUCCGCAAUCUCAACACCGCCGAACGCGACGGAGCCAAUAACAUCCCCGCCGGCAAUUGCCGCCAUUCCCAAAACCGUCGACUCAACCGCCAGAGCAGACUCGCCCCCGGGGCGUUCACGAAGCGGUCUCAAAACCGGCACGAUCAUCGGUAUCGUGGCGGGCGACAUGGCGGCGCUGGGAGCUCUGGCGCUGAUUUUCGUGUACAUUUAUCGGGCAAAGAAAAAGAGACGCACAGAAGAAACCAUAAAGAAAGAGGCAGAAAGCGCUAAGGAUUUCGACUGGGGAUCAUCCUCGGAGGAAUACAAUUGGUUAAGGUCCUGGACGUGUCUGAAAAAACAGAGACGCGCCGGCGCCGGCACCGGCGCCGGCGACGAGUCAUCGGAAAAUAUGAACUCCGAGAGCGACGACAGCGAGGAGGCGGAGAAGGGUCACGCGCCGCCGGCGGGCCAGAAAACAGGGGAGUUGGUGACGGUGGACGGCGAGAAAGAGCUGGAAUUAGAGACUCUGCUGAAAGCGUCGGCGUACAUUCUGGGCGCUAGCGGCUCCAGCAUAAUGUACAAGACGGUGUUGGACGACGGCACCGCCUUGGCCGUCCGCCGCAUCGGCGAGAGCGGCCUGUACCGGUUCAGGGAAUUCGAGAACCAGAUCCGGGUUAUCAGCAAGCUGGUUCACCCGAAUCUGGUUCGGAUUCGUGGCUUUUACUGGGGCGCCGAUGAAAAACUUGUAAUCUACGAUUUCGUUCCCAAUGGCAGCCUCGCCAAUGCAUGUCACAGAAAAGGCGGGUCUUCCCACCGCCAUCUUCCGUGGGAGGUGCGGCUGAAGAUAGCAAGAGGGGUGGCGCGUGGGCUGGGCUACAUUCACGAGAAGAAGCACGUGCAUGGGAAUCUGAAGCCCAGCAACAUCCUCCUGGACGCCGAUCUGGAGCCCAAGGUCGGAGAUUUCGGGCUCGAACGCCUAGUCGUCGCCGGCGAGAGCAGCCGGAAGGUGUACGGCUCCUCCCGGAACUUCGGCAGCAAGAGAUCCACGGCGUCCCGCGACAGCUUCCCGGAUUCCGCAGUUUCCGGCGGCCCGACGCCCAGCCCGAGCCCGAGCGCGUUAGCAAUAUCGCCCUACCUCGCACCCGAAUCGCUCCGGAGUCUCAAGCCCAACCCGAAGUGGGACGUUUUCUCCUUCGGAGUCGUGCUGCUGGAGCUGCUCACCGGAAAAAUCAUCGUUUCCGACGAGAUGGUCCCCGGGCCACCGGUGAUGGGAGUUGAGGAGAAGAGCAAGGUGCUGAGAAUGGCUGACGUGGCGAUCCGUGCUGACGUGGAAGGGAAAGAGGAAGCCCUGUUGGCACUUCUAAAAUUAGGUUAUAAUUGUAUAUCUCCAGUCCCUCAAAAGAGACCUGCCAUGAAAGAGGUAGUUCAAGCACUUGACAACAUUCCAACAUCUUCUUCUUCUUCUUCAUCCUACUUUUACAGUGUUUAACAAUAUAAAAAAAAUGUACCCAUUUGUAGUCACAACGCCACAUGUACGUAAGGUUGAUUAACAUCUCCAUCUGCUAGAUAAUAAUUUUUUAAUAAUAUUACACGUAUUCCUACCUUUUA